AUGGCAUCAUCAUCAUCAUCAGCAGCAGCAGCAGCAGCAGCAGCAACAACAACAGCCACAGUACAUUCUCUUGUAUCUAUACAAGGUAUGACUUGUGGAGCAUGUUCAGCCAGCAUAACAGAAGCAUUGGAAAACCAGGAUGGUAUAGAAAAGGCUUCCAUUUCAUUAGUCACUGAAGACGGAUUGAUAACACAUUCAUCAAACUAUGAUCCACGCAAUAUAGUCACGGUCAUUGAGGAUUGUGGGUUUGAUGCUCAACUACAAAAGAAAUCGGCCUUAAAGCCCAGUCCAGCCACAAAAUCGGAUCUGCGGCAAACCACACUUGGGAUAGUAGGGAUGACAUGUGGUGCGUGCUCAGCUAGUAUAACUGACGCAUUGGAAAAGAUCAAUGGAGUGUCAUUUGUAUCUGUCUCGUUAAUCACUGAGGAGGCAUUGGUUAAGCAUGACUCUGCCGUUUCGUCAGAUCAAUUGAAAGAAGCAAUAGAAGAUUGUGGGUUUGAUGUGACAUAUGUACGGACAACUGAUGUGUCUGGAGAUAGCAUUGGUGGACAACAACAAAAGAAUGAGGAACUAGUGGAUGAAAAUGAAGAAACUUGUUUGAAAAUCAUGGGAUUACAUCCUGAUAUGGAUUUGACUGGUUUCAAAUACAAUCUCGAAGCACAUCUACAGAGCACCCUUGGAAUUACAUCGUUUGAAAUUUCCUGGCAUGAUCAAGAUGAUGAAGUCGCUGAAGAAUUGUCAACGCUGCCAAGGACAUCAAUUGAAGAAAUGGCUGUUGGUGUAGGUAAUGAAUUGAUCGUAUCAUACAAUCCAACAAUCAUCGGAAUACGAGACAUUGUUGAUGGUCUUGAUGCUUUGGAAAACGAUGUCACAUUUAUUUUUGUCAACUCAUUAGAUCAAUCUUCAGCAACCCAACUCAAAAUGUUAUCUAAAAUUAAAGAUAUCAAGUACUGGUCCAAUAUAGUUAUUCAAAGUCUAAUAUUUGGCGUCCCCAUAAUGGUUCUCGUCCACACUGAGGGGACAAGCCUAUGGAAAAAUACAAUGUUAUUCCCUGGUUUCUAUUUGGUGUCAUUAAUCGAAACUGUACUCGCCACAUAUGUCCAAUUUCGAUUAGGUGCAAAAUUCUUGCGCAAAUUCUCAUCAUUUGUUAGAAACAAUUUCAAAGGCGCAUCAAUGGACGUUUUGGUGUCCAUUUCAACCAUGGUUACAUAUAUUUUCUCAAUUGUUUCAAUUGUGGUUAGUGUAUGGCAGGGUAAUACUGAGAAACCACCAAAAGUCUUGUUUGAUACACUUGUUAUGUUAAUUACAUUUGUAUCAUUUGGUAAGCUAUUGGAAAAUAAAGCCAAAGGUGCCACUUCUUCAGCAUUAUCAAGUUUGUUGUCAUUGACUCCUUCCACUUGUACAAUCAUCAGUAACUCGACCCCAUACUUGAAAGAAAGUGGUGCAAAAGAGGAUAAACUUCAACAAGAUUAUCAAACCAGAACCAUCAGUAUUGAUUUAGUUCAGCCAAAUGAUAUUGCCAUUGUAUUGCCUGGUGGCAAAGUUCCUGCUGAUGGAGUCAUUGUGUUUGGCGAGUCCGAAAUAGAUGAGAGUUUAAUCACUGGUGAACCACUACCUAUUCACAAGAAACAUGGAGAUUCUGUAAUUGGUGGAUCAAUCAAUGGACCUCAUUUGAUCCAUAUAAAAGUUACCAAGACUGGUAGGAGAUCGCAAUUGCAACAAAUUAUCAACUUGGUUAAGGAGUCCCAAGUAAAUAAAGCACCAGUACAAAGAUUUUCUGAUUACGUUGCUGCUAGAUUUGUCCCGUCAGUUAUCAUAUUGGCAUUAGUCACCUUUGCCGUGUGGGCAGUGAUUUGCCUUACAAUGCACAUUGACGGCUUGCCAAUGAUUUUCCGUCAAAAUGAAAAUGGGAAAUUUUUUGUAUGUUUACAGUUGGCAAUUUCAGUCAUCGUUGUUGCUUGUCCCUGUGCUUUGGGGUUGGCUGCACCAACUGCGGUGAUGGUGGGUACUGGUGUUGGAGCCUUGAAUGGAGUCUUGAUUAAAGGGGCUGAUGUCUUGGAAAAAACAACUUCGAUAAAUAUCAUAUUGUUUGACAAGACUGGUACAUUAACCACUGGAGAGAUGUCAAUGGUGAGAUCAAAACCUGUACUUGAUCAACAUUUGUCUAAGCUUUCAACAUCUUGUUGGUGGAAAUUAAUUGGUUCAGUAGAGUGCAACUCUGAACACCCAGUGGGAAAGGCCUUGACAAAACUGGCUAGAUCUUAUUGUGGUUUAAGUUUUGAAGAAGAUUCAUUUGACACAUUGAUCAGGGAUGUCAAUAUUUUGCUUGGUGCCGGUAUUGAAGCAAAUGUAACUUUAGCUUCUGUUGAGUACACCGUUCAUGUUGGCAAUUAUAACCUUGUAAAGGAAAAAUUCCCCCAAUUAUUAGAACAAAUUGACAAGGAAGACAUUAGCCCAAUAAAUACGGUAACUUACGUUGUCAUAAACGGUGUCUAUUCCGGAUUCAUAGAGUUAUCUGAUUCCUUAAAGGAAGGUUCGCGUGAGGUUAUAAACUACUUGAAGCAAACUGAAGGUUACAUCGUUGGUAUGGUAACCGGUGACAAUAAAGGAGCCGCUAUAAAAAUCGGGAGAGAAGUUGGCAUUUCAGAACACAACAUUUACUACGAAGUAUCCCCUAUACACAAGGAUAAAGUAAUCACCGAUUUAAAGACAAAAUUUGGUCCCGGUGCCAGUAUCGCAUUUAUUGGCGACGGAAUCAAUGAUGCACCAGCAUUAGCCAAGGCCGAUAUUGGAAUGGCUAUAAGUUCGGGAACAGAUAUAGCCAUUGAAAGUGCCGAUAUUGUCUUAAUUGGUGGUCAAAGACGUCAACAAACAGACUUGUAUGGCGUCAUCAAUGCCUUGAAAAUAUCAACAACAACAUUCCAAAGAAUCAAAAUGAACUUUGUGUGGGCAGUCAUUUACAACAUCUUUAUGUUGCCAUUUGCAAUGGGAUGUUUCCUACCUUUGAACUUGAUGUUACCGCCCGUGGCUGCAAGUGUUGCCAUGAUGAUUAGCUCGCUAAGUGUGGUUAUGAAUUCGCUCUUGUUGAAAUUGUACAAGGCUCCCAAAAUUGACCCUGUUGAGAAAUUUGAUUUGGAGAUGGGCGUCAAUAUUAGUGAUGGUAGUGAUGAUGAUUUUGAUUUGAAGAAUGGUACUGCACAAGGAUUCCAUUCUUGGAAAAGAGGCAAGAGUAAGUGGAUUAGCUGGCUUGGGUUGCAAUCGAUUAAACGGAUUUUCAUCAAUAGAAGAGGGGCUAAUAGGAGAGAGGUUCAAGAGUACCAAUUAGUUUCAGGAAGUUCGAGGGUGUGA